CUAUGUGCCAAUACAUACCCAAUCUUUAAACACUACUGUAUAGGUUGGGUAUGAAAUGGCCGACUUUCCUGAUGAAUUUGAUUUCCAAAUCAUUGACAAGAAUCGAAUGUUCGCCAUUUUUCCAUCCACGAGCUUCAGAAAUCACUACCGGAAAACGGAUAACCUCUCCGCAAAUCCGCUUUUACACUGCGGCGGCCGGCGGCAGGGAGCACCGGAAAUGGCGGAAAGAAACAAAGAGCCAAACCACCGACGAAAACUCCGGAGGCAGUGACACCUGUGAAAACGCCGGAAAUUGGGUCAUUCAAUUCGAAGCUUCUUCUGAUGGCAAAUUCUGGGCUGGUACUGUUAUUUCCCAGAGGUCUGCUUCAGAUUCCUCUGGUUUCUGGAUUCCGAUAAUAUUUGAAGGUGAUUUAGCUAAAACCGCAGCUCGAUAUAUAAAUAAAAACGAUCAAAUUCAUGUUUCUGGGAAGCUGUUUAUAGAUUCUCCUCCUCCAAAUAUGACUUAUGCACAAGCCAAUGUUCAGGUGUUGGUUCAGAAUCUUAACUUUCUACAGCCUAUGUCUCCAUCGCCGUCUAUGGUUAUAUCUUCGUCUGAAAAGGAAGAAAGUGGCAUCAAGAAGCAGCCUGCUAGAGCUAAGAAGGAUAUAGUCAUUGAUGAAGCUUCAGAUUCUUGGAAUCACCUCAUUGAGAAUCCUAAAGAAUGGUGGGAUCACCGGGAAAAUAAAGUCAACGGAUUGGUAAAACCAAGGCAUCCUGAUUUCAAAAGCAAGGACAGUAGUCUCUCACUGUGGCUCAAUAAGGCUCCUAAUUGGGUUUUACCGAAACUCGAAGGACUCGAGUUUGAUGUUCUAGUCCCUAAAGGCAGAGUUGUAAAACAGCUUAAAGGAGAAGAAUCAUGGAAGGACUUGGUUCAAAACCCGGAUAAAUGGUGGGACAAUAGAAUUGACAAGAGAAAUGCAAAAGCCCCUGAUUUCAAGCACAAAGAGACAGGUGAAGCACUGUGGCUAAACGAGUCUCCUACUUGGGUAUUACCGAAACUGCCACCAGUCAAGAAGAAACAAGAAAGUAUUGUCUAGUAGCUUUAGAAAGUUAGAAACAUUAUCUCCAUGUAAAGAGCUCGAAGUGUUUACAAAAAUUCAUCAUUUCUAUUCAAUGUGGUCAUUUUUGUUCCGUUUGAUCUCUUUUGCCAGUAGACUCAAUACAGUAGCUGUAAGUGU